ACUGAUUUUUUGACCUAAUUUUUAUCCUCAAAAAUGACGAUCUCCGCUUUUUCAAAAAAGAAAAGGAGAACCUCCUCUACGUCGCCGAUGAAAGACGAAGAGGCAAGAAACUGGGCGGAUCUUCCGUCGGAGUUGACGUAUUUGAUCCUGAUCCGUCUUAGCGGGAUUGAUAUACUGGACAACGCUCAGAAGGUGUGCAGGCAGUGGCGACGCAUAUGUAAAGACCCUUCGAUGUGGCAGAAAAUCGACAUGAGAAGCCGGAUCAGAAACGAGAGAAUGCUCGACCGCUUAGCCAGCAUGUGCCGUCACGCCGUUGAUCGCAGCCAGGGUAGUUUGGUCGAAAUCCACGUUGGGAACUUCGUCAACAAUGAUCUCCUCGACUACAUCGCAGAUAGGUUACGUAUCUCCUCUCUAUCCCUUAAUUACCACUCAUCAAGGAAUCUGAGAAUUCUUGGACUUGGAAUGUGCUUUCCAAGGGCGACGAACCCAGGACUUGUGGACACAAUUGCAAAACUUCCAUUGCUUGAAACCCUCGAGGUCUCACACUCAUGUUUAAUUCUGGAUUUCAAAGCUAUAGGUCAGGCUUGCCCACAACUAAAGACAUUCAAGUUAAACUCCUCAGGGCGUUUCUGGAGCUCUCGCAACUUUCGCAACUCUCGCAAUGAUGAUUAUUAUGCCCUAGAAAUCGCUGAAAGCAUGCCAGAACUACGCCACCUCUACCUUUAUGGGAACAAACUAAGUGACAUAGGCUUGAACGCCAUUCUUAACGGUUGUCCUCACCUGGAACACCUCGAGUUACAUAAGUGUUUCGAGCUUAAACUUGUCGGAGAUCUGGAGAAGCGAUCCGUUUUCAUUUGUUUCUCCUUGGCCACCGUCUUCUUGUCUUUACCUCCGGCGAUGGAGGACGGAGAUUAUAGAAACUGGGCUGAGCUUCCAGCAGAACUGACGUCAUCGGUUCUUCUCCGGCUUGGCGUGGUUGAGAUACUCGAAAAUGCUCAGAAAGUGUGCAGAUCGUGGCGUCGCGUCUGUAAAGACCCUUCGAUGUGGCGGAAGAUUGUCAUAGACAACAGCGGAAAUAGGGAUAUCUUCAAGUACGACCUCGAGUCCAUGUGCCGUCACGCCGUUGAUCGUAGCCAGGGCGGUUUGCUUGAGAUCGAUAUUGAGUACUUUGGUACUGAUAAACUCCUCGAUUACAUCGCCGAUAGUUCAAGUAAUCUGAGAAGCCUUAGACUUGUAAGAUGCCAUCAAAUAACAGAUAAGGGAGUUGCCGAAGCAGUUGUAAAACUUCCAUUGCUUGAAGACCUCGAGGUUUCAUACUGCUCAUUUUCAGGAGAGUGUCUGAGUGUUGUAGGCCAGUCUUGUCCACAUCUGAAGACAUUGAAGCUAAACCGCCGACCUCGCGUCGAGUUUGUAAUAAAUAUGCGUGAUCAUAAUGCCAUAGCAAUUGCAGAAAGCAUGCCUGAGUUACGCCACCUUCAGCUUUUAGGGAACGCACUAACUAACACUGGCUUGAAAGCCAUUCUUGACAGUUGUACUCACCUGGACCAUCUUGAUUUACGCCAGUGUUACAAUAUUAACCUUGUCGAAGAUUUCAUGAACCAAUGUGUUGAAAGGAUCAAAUAUUUGAGAUGCCCCAAUGACUCAAUCGCUGCUUGCUCAACCGAAACCAGCUUUCUUGAUAUCGAUUCAGAUGAUGGCUUUCCCUAUAUGUAUCAGGGACUAUCGUUGGGAGUAGAUAUUGAUUUUUUUCUUAACAAUGCAGAGACAGGUUGUCUUUGCCGUGCUUGUCAAGUUCAGUGGCAAGUGGUUGUGACUUAUGAACUCGUCCAAACUGCUUCCUCCUCUUGGUCGUCGACGUCUACUUCCGUUUCUUCGCUGGUGAAAGAUGAAGAGGUGAGAAAUUGGGCAGAACUUCCACCGGAACUGACAUCGUCGAUCCUUGGCCGGCUUGGCACGAUUGAUAUACUGGAAAAUGCUCAAAAAGUGUGCAGAUCGUGGCGUCGCGUUUGUAAAGACCCCUCGAUGUGGCGGAAGAUUGAUAUGGACAACCUCGGAGACUUGGGAGCCAUGGGGUACGAUCUUGAGAUCAUGUGUCGUCAUGCAGUGGAUCGUAGCCAGGGCGGCUUGGUUGAGAUUGACAUUUGGUACUUUGGUACUGAUGAGCUCCUCAAUUACAUUGCCGACAGGUCGAGUAAUCUGAGAACCCUUAGACUUAUAAUGUGCUAUCCAAUAGCAGACGAGGGAUUUAUCGAAGCAGUUGUGAAGCUUCCAUUGAUUGAAUACCUCGAGCUUUCACACUGCUCCUUGUCAGGAGAGUCUCUGAAAGUUGUAGGCCAGUCUUGUCCAAAUCUGAAGACAUUGAAGCUAAACUCCGAGCCUGACCCUAAAUUUAAUGAUGAUGAGUUUAAUAAUGAAGAUGCUCUAGCUAUCGCUGAAAGCAUGCCCGAACUACGCCACCUCCAGCUUUUUGGGAACAUACUAACCAAUGUGGGCUUGAACGCCAUUCUUGAUGGUUGUCCUCACCUGGAACACCUUGAUCUACGCAAAUGUUCCAACGUUGAUCUUACUGGGGAUCUAGAGAAGCGAUGCGUUGAGAGGAUCAAAGAUUUGAAACGCCCCAAUGACUCAACCGCUGGUCACCCAUAUGGUAGAAUCACAGUUGAUGUCCGCUAUGAUGCCAGCGACUAUUAUUGGUAGUAGAUAUUGAAUCUUUCGGAACAAUGCAGAAAACAUGUUGCUUUUUUGGUCUUGUCAACUUAUGAACUCGUUUAUGACAUUUCUUUUCUGUCUGUCUCAGGUCUCAGCGUCCUUUUGAACUUUAAAAAAUGCUUUGAGUGCGU